CUUUGGAAGGCUUAAAUUGAAAAGUAUCUCUCUAAUUAAGGCGCGCAAGUGAGAGUGAUUUUCCUCCCGCGCGUUCUCUGAUCACUUAACAGCUUGGUUAUGUAUCUAUCCAUCGAUUAGGGUUUGAUCGAUCAUUGGCUUGCGCAAGUGCCUAGUUAGUAGUUAGUGGCUGAUUAAUUAUGGUGUUUGAACUUUGAAGAACAAACACAAACGAAGGUGUGUGUGUGUAUGGAGAAGUACGAGAUAGUGAAUGAGGAGAUAGGGAUUGGGAGAGACGCGGUCGUAAGACUUAUGCGUUGCAAAGAAACUAAGGAUCUCGUUGCCGUCAAAUACAUCCCACGGGAAGACAGGAUUAUUGAUGAGAAGGUGGCAAGGGAAAUCAUAAACCUUAGAUCUCUUCGUCAUCCGAAUAUUGUUCAGUUCAAGGAGGUGGCUUUGACUCCAACGCAUCUUGCAAUAGUUAUGGAGUAUGCAGCGGGUGGAGAGCUGUAUAACCGAGUUUGCAACGGAAGAAUACGUGAAGACGAGGCUCGAUAUUUCUUCCAGCAGUUGAUUUCAGGAGUUAGUUAUUGCCACGACAAGGAAAUAUGUCAUCGAGACUUGAAGUUGGAGAAUACUUUAUUGGAUGGAAGCCCUGCUAAUCGCCUUAAAAUUUGUGAUUUCGGCUAUUCUAAGUCAUACCUACUUCAUUCGAGACCCCAUUCAGUGAUUGGAACUCCAGCCUAUAUUGCACCAGAGGUUCUUUCCGGGAAAGAUUACGAUGGAAAGUUGGCAGAUGUAUGGUCCUGUGGAGUGAUACUUUAUACAAUGUUGGUAGGAGCAUUGCCAUUUGAGGACAUAAAGGAUACCGAAAAUUUCCAGAAAACCAUAAAACGAGUUAUGGCUGUUCAAUACAAGUUCCCUGAAAGAGUUUACAUAUCUCAAGACAGUAAAAAUCUGAUAUCUCGCAUUUUUGUGGCAAAUCCAGCAAUGAGAAUCACCAUGAAGGAAAUCAAGUCACAUCCUUGGUUUUUAAAGAACUUGCCUAAGGAAUUGAGAGACGGGGCUCAAGAUGUCUACUACAAUGAAGAAAAUACAAAAUAUCCUCUUCAAAGUAUAGAAGAGAUCAUGAACAUUGUCAACGAGGCCAAAACUACAACUGCAACUUCCAGUCCAUAUCUAUAGUGGAGAUUGAUUGGAAAUUAAUGUAAGAAAAAAUAAUGCUUAAUUAGGUACAUGAAAUCAUUUAUGAGAAGUGAGUCAAGGAAACACAAACUAUUAAUGUAUGUAAGAAAAAAUAAUGCUUAAUUAGAUUUUUGGCUCACUUUUCCCCCCUAACUUAAGGCGAAUGUUUUGCCUGUAUCUAUGUAUCAAAUUUAGUUUUAUGACAUAAAGUUUAACUGUGCAUUUUUGUUGA